GUGAAAGAGACAGAGAAGAAAAGACACACAACUUGACUUGACAAAAGAGGGCAGGUAUCAGAGGCAGGACGAUGAAGGCCGGCGUGGGACUCUUCUCUGCAUUAGCUCUGUUCUUACUGAUGGGGGCAGUGUUCACCCAGAGACCUCGGCAAAAGAAGCCCACCAGGCGCCCAGUCACUACCAGGAAGCCUUCUGUCCCCAAGCCUGCUGUGCUGGCACAGCCAGAGCCCCAGGAGCCAACAGACUUCCCCCCUCCCAUCCUGGGCCCACCUUCUAUCUUUCCUGACUGCCCCCGAGAGUGUUUAUGCUCCCCGAGCCAUCCCAAUGCUCUCAAUUGUGAGAACCGCAACAUCCGUGCAAUCCCUGUCAUUCCAUCUAGAACCCACUACUUGUACCUGCAGAACAACUACAUCUCAGAAGUGACUGCAGAGCCGUUCCUCAACGCCACUGAGAUCCGCUGGGUUAAUUUGGCAAAUAACCGCAUUCACCGAAUAGACAAAAAGGUGUUUGAGAAGAUCCCAGCACUGCUAUACCUGUAUGUGCAACAUAACCACCUGAAAGAGGUCCCUUCUGGUCUCCCAGAAAGUCUAGAACAACUCCGCCUAAGUAGAAAUCGUAUUUCUAAGAUCCCUGCUGGUGCCUUCAACAAGAUGGGGAACCUGACACUGCUCGACCUGUACCACAACAAGCUGAGUGACAGCGGCCUGGAAAAGAACAUAUUUAAGGACCUAAAGAGCCUCAUGCAGCUCAAUCUGGCUCACAACGUCCUGAAAAAGAUGCCUGCUGGCAUACCUAAUAGCCUCAUACAGCUUUUCCUGGAUAGGAAUAGCAUAGAUGACAUCCCAAAAGACUACUUCAAAGGCUUGAAACACCUGGCGUUUGUGAGGCUAAAUUACAACCAGCUGAGUAAUAAAGGACUUCCUAAGUAUGUAUUCAACAUUACCACCUUGCUGGACCUGCAACUGGCCCACAACCAGAUUGUUUCUGUUCCUCUCUUCAACGGUCACCUGGAGCACCUGCACCUAAACCACAACUCCAUUGAGAGCAUUAAUGGCACCCAGAUCUGUCCAUACAGCCUGCAGGCCGACCAGAGCGAUCUCAGCCUGAUGCCCAGACUAAGGUACCUGCGUUUGGAUGGAAAUCAUCUGAGCCCCCCCAUCCCUCUGGAUGUCAUCAUGUGCUUCAGACACCUCCACUCCAUUGUCAUUUAGGAAAACCCUGCCUAAAGGCCUGAGGUUAUGCACGCACGCAUGCACACACGCACACAAACAACAAACACAUAGUAUACACACACACAAAUGCACAGUGUGCACUGUGUGCAAACUGAAAUAAAGGCAAAGCAUGCUCUGUGAAAAACAAAGUAUAUCCAACCAUACAUAGACCUACUGUGGAACUGCAUUAUUGAAAGAGGGACAAGUACAUUUUAAAAACUGUAAAGCUUUGGUAGUUCAACUUACAUUGUUGUACAUCAAUUUUUGUUGAUAGUGAUACAAUGCAAAACAAACUAGAAUGAGUAAAGCCUGAAAAUACAGGUACAUUGAUAGAUAUGCUACACAUAUGGAGGGUAGUUAUGUUUACUAGCAGAUGUAACCAGAGUAGAGCUGCCAUCAAGAGCAACAAACAGACCUGCAGUGGAUGUCAGAAGAACCAGUAUAAAACAUAACUACCAUGUAGUUGAGACUGUCCCAAAUGUGCAUGUGAUUUUCAAAGUACUCCAUGUAAAAAUAUCAUUUUAUUCUUUUCAUUCUAAGACCUCUGUAUAUUAUUCUUCUGUAUAAAGAAGCUUUGUAAAGAUAGUGGAAAAUAAAAAUGUUGUCUUUCA